UGAGAAAGGAGGAGGAGACUGGAACUGGAAAACCGACAUUGGUCCUCCUCUCAUCUUCACUUUCCACCGUCAAAGCGGCGUUUAACUGACCACAGUCAGACACUCCGCGUGUAAUUUACACCCUGCCCACUCCCAUCGGAAUAAUAUUCAACCUAUGGUUAGCUGCUAGAUCCUCUAAGCGGCGACAUGGCUGGCUAGCACAGCGAGGCUAGAGCUCAUCUCCCGGACCUCGGACAAGAAUGGCGACUUUACUCAGAUAACCUUUUCCAGCAGCAACGACCAACAUCCCGACGGCCCCCGUCUCCAAAGAAUACCCGCUUACGCAACUGUUUCUGACAGGGCCCUGGAGCAUGACGGUUGUUAAUGUCACUGUAGUUCCAAACAUGGUGCAGAAGUACCAGUCGCCUGUGCGGGUGUACAAGUACCCCUUUGAGCUGGUGAUGUCGGCCUAUGAGCGCCGGUUCCCUACGUGUCACCUUAUCCCUAUGUUCGUGGCGAGUGACGUGGUCGAUGAGGAGACAAGUGAGGACCAAUCUACUCUUCGGGUUGAGCGACGCUGUGCACUAGAUGUCGACGCUCCACGCCUUCUCAAACGGAUUGCCGGUGUGGAUUAUGUGUACUUUAUCCAGAAAAACACACUUAACCGAAAGGAGCGGACACUUCACAUAGAAUCACAUAAUGAGACCUUCUCCAAUAGGGUCAUCAUCCAUGAGAUCUGCUGCUAUUCGGUCCACCCUGAGAAUGAAGACUGGACAUGUUUUGAGCAGUCAGCCAGUCUGGACAUCAAGUCCUUCUUCGGCUUUGAGAGCACCGUGGAAAAGAUUGCCAUGAAGCAGUAUGCAAGCAGCAUCAAAAAGGGAAAAGAAAUCAUAGAGUACUAUCUGAAAGAGCUAGAGGAUGAGGGGAUUACUCACGUUCCCCGAUGGAAUCCCAACUCACUUCCUGUGCCACCCAUCAGACCAACCAUUCUCCCUACUAACCCAUCUGUUGACUCCAAACUCCCUAUAACACCAGCUGUUGCCAUCCCGCUGCCUGUUGAUGCCAUGGACAGCGCCUCCCAGAAUGCCAAGCAGGACAGUAUUGCCCUGCAGGCAGACAGUUUAACUGAGAUUCUGGCCGGUACACCGGAAGAUAAACUAGAUGCGGACUAUAUCAAACGGUACCUUGGUGAUCUGACGCCCCUGCAAGAGAGCUGUCUGAUCAGACUUAGAAAAUGGCUACAAGAAACUCACAAGGGAAAGAUUCCUAAAGAUGAACAUAUCCUGCGAUUCUUGCGGGCUAGAGAUUUCAACAUUGACAAGGCCCGGGAAAUUCUGUGCCAGUCGCUGACCUGGAGGAAGCAGCAUCAAGUAGACUAUCUUCUUGAGACCUGGAGUUCACCACAGGUCCUUCAGGACUUUUACACUGGAGGCUGGCACCACCAUGAUCGAGAUGGUCGUCCUUUGUACAUCCUGAGACUUGGCCAGAUGGACACCAAAGGACUGGUCCGAGCUCUUGGAGAAGAAUCUCUACUCCGACAUGUGCUAUCUAUCAAUGAGGAAGGUCUGAGACGCUGCGAAGAGAACACAAAGGUGUUUGGUCGACCCAUAAGCUGUUGGACAUGUCUUGUGGAUCUGGAGGGUUUAAAUAUGCGUCACCUGUGGCGACCAGGAGUCAAGGCGCUGUUGAGGAUUAUCGAGGUUGUGGAAGCCAACUAUCCAGAGACGCUGGGACGGCUGCUUAUCUUGAGAGCUCCCAGAGUCUUCCCGGUUCUCUGGACUUUGGUCAGUCCAUUCAUUGAUGAAAACACCCGCAAAAAGUUCCUUAUCUAUGCUGGAAACGACUACCAGGGCCCCGGUGGACUGGUAGACUACAUAGACAAAGAGAUUAUCCCUGACUUCCUGGGAGGCGAGUGCAUGUGUGAAGUACCCGAAGGUGGCUUGGUCCCCAAAUCUAUGUACCGCACUGCAGAAGAACUCGAAAACGAAGAGGUUCGUCUUUGGACUGAAACGAUCUACCAAAGUGCCAGCAUCUUCAAAGGAGCUCCACAUGAGCUUUUGAUUGAGAUUAUUGACGCCUCCUCUGUCGUCACCUGGGACUUCGAUGUGUGCAAAGGCGAUGUGGUCUUCAACAUCUAUCACUCCAAGCGGGCACCUCAGCCACCACGCAAGGACCCGCUGGGAACUCACGGUAUCACCUCCCCCGGCGGCAACAAUGUGCAGCUUAUUGACAAGUCCUGGACGCUGGGGCAAGAUUACAGCAUGGUAGAGUCUCCUCUAACCUGCAAGGAAGGAGAAAGUGUGCAGGGCUCCCAUAUUACACGUUGGCCAGGGUUCUACAUCCUCCAGUGGAAGUUCCACAGCAUGCCUGCAUGCUCUGCCACCAAUCUGCCUCGAGUGGAUGACGUUCUGGCAACCCUGCAGGUCUCUUCGCAUAAGUGUAAAGUCAUGUACUACACCGAGGUGUUGGGCUCAGAGGACUUCAGGGGUUCCAUGACCAGCCUGGAGUCCAGCCACAGCGGCUUCUCUCAGCUCAGUGCCGCCACCACUUCAUCCACCCAAUCCCAGUCCAGCUCAAUGAUCUCCAGGUAGACGUGGCAAGCACUGUCCCACACCGCGGAAAACUCCACCCUCCCCCGACCCACACCUGCACACCCUUUUUAACUUUGCACCAAGCACGCACGGACAACAGAAAAGGGCAAAAAGAAAGUGAACUCACUUUAAAGGGCUGAUUUUUUUUGCACAAAGGUCAUACCAUUUCAAUACUCGCGGCAGAUUGCGAUUGAGUUUGAUCGUCCCUCUUCAAGGGUGUAAAGUCUCUCGGAGGCUUAAAAGAAGCAAUAUUAUCCUGGAAAGUGUAAGGUCCCGAUGGGCGGACACACUGGAGGCGCUGUUACAUACGUUAGAUGCAUUUACUUUGACAUUCCUCAAUACUGCAGGCAAUAACCAGAUGGCUGAGACGUCACUGUAGCAGUUUGGAUGUUCUGUUACACUUAAAAAUGCCUCAAUAUUUAAUGUGUCACCAAGCCCAUGGAUAUAAUGUGAAUGCAUCCGGGUGGACGUACUACAUUCAAACACAAUGGACUUGGUUAGAUAUUGGCUGAAAUUUUUUUAAAGAAAUACUGCGCUCCUGAAACGCCACCCUUGAUGCCUGGUUAGCUGCCAUGUGAUGGUCUUACGGCGAAACCCCCCACCAUCCCAUUGAGGGCGCUAUAGUCCCGUAACAUACUUGACCAGGGUUCCGCUAUUGACGAGCAAUAACACGAGUUUCUACAGUGUGAAAUAUUUGUAUUCAUCAUGAGCCUUUUACACCUGCUGUUGCUAUGGCAACCGCUCCACAUCAGUCAACACGGCUGAUUUCGGGGGGGAACUGAAGAGAAUUCAAACCACAAGCACUCAAAUGGGAGAAAAUAAGUGAACACUCCGAGACCAGCAUAUGUCAUGAAUAAUUGUGUUAAGACAAAAAGUUGAACCGCUAACACUAGUAGUAAAGAUAUGUACAUUUUCUACCGUGACUAAUCCUCAUAACUUCCUCACAAACUUUGUACGUGCACACAAAAAUAUUUAUUUUGGACAUUUCUUAUCUUCUAAGAGGUUAAGACGAAUUAUCAGCAGCUCGCUGAGUCGUGUCAAGGAAGAAUCUGUCCAAGCACACAGAAAUAUUUAUUUUGGACACGUCAUCUUUUUAAGAGGUUAAAGGGGAACUGCACUUUUCUGGAAUUUGCCUAUAAUUCACAAUUCUUAUGAAAGACAAGAACACGUCUUUGUUUGUAUUACAUUGUAACUUGUAAAUAAAGCCAACGGGAGCUAUUGCGUCUAUUCUGCCCAUAAAACCCAAUAAAAAAGCGUCAGCUAUACUCCAUUUAGAUUUUGGGACCUGAAUAUUAACCAAGUAUUAGCGAUAUUGGUAUUACUUAUAAUACCAAUAUCGCUAAUACUUGGUUAAUUUAGCGGCGCAUUAAUCAGAGAGAGGCGACUUCCUUAUGCUGCUGUAUUGACAUCAUCAACUGGUGAGCUCGUGAAAGUUAACUCGAGAUUAUAAAUCAUGCCUCUCAACUAGGGCUGCAACUAACGAUUAAUUUGAUAAUCGAUCAAUCUGUCGAUUAUUACUUCAAUUGAUAAUCGGAUAAAAGAGACAAACUACAUUUCUAUCCUUUCCAGUAUUUUAUUGAAAAAAAAAAACAGCAUACUGGCUCCAUACUUAUUUCGAUUAUUGUUUCUCAGCUGUUUGUACAUGUUGCAGUUUAUAAAUAAAGGUUUAUUAAAAAAAUAAAUUAAAAAAAAAAAAAAAAAAAUUGCCUCUGCUUAUGCGCAUAGCAUAGAUCCAACGAAUCAAUGACUAAAUUAAUCGCCAACUAUUUUUAUAAUCGAUUUUAAUCGAUUAGUUGUUGCAGCCCUACUCUCAACUGGAUAGUAAAAUGAUGACAUAAACUGAAAAGUUGGUCAACUUUGACAGCCAACUUAGACCCGGAGAGGGCGACAAAGACACGUGAAGGACGGUGGUUUGAUUGCACCCACCCUGUUUAACUCUUUGCGAUUCAUUCUUCAAGUAAACAGGAAUAUAACAACAUCCUUACAGUUGGCUUUCCCAGUGAGAGCAGACAUUGUACAGUAAGUGAUUGUUUUAUGAUGUCUGUUGGCUCUGAGCAGUCAUCAGUGAUGUUGUCGAAGGAAAAAAUGCAAGCGUUGCAAUGCGUCUUAUGUAUUUAAUGUGCCGUCGUGUGCUUAAAAUGAGCAAAAUAGGUAAAUAUUACUAUGAAUGUGCUUAUUACUACAAUACAUAUGUACUUAAAUGUAUUAUUUCAUGUUUUGUUUGUACACAGCCAGCUGGACAGCGUAUGUAAUGUAGUGUACGGUGAUGUGCUGCAUCUAUCAUGAUCAACAUUGUAGUGACUCACUCGAUGGACUGUUGUGCGUUUGGUCCAGCUGGCCGGGGACGUUUCCGGUUGAUUUGGGUAAGCCCUUACGUUGGCAUAGCUUUGCUCAAAGUUCCACAUUUGCGGUAUCACCUCACUCUCUCGGCUUUCGUUUGCUCCAGCGUUGCUCGCUUCUAUCAGGAGGAGUUCAUCCUCCGUAUUUUCAGGUUCAAAAAGAUAAAGUUGUGAAUCCUCAUUUGUUCAAAAAAUAGUCGUCUUCGUUGUCCUUUACCAAGUCUACCAUGAUUACAACACAACUUGCGCGUUUUUCCAGGAGUACGGACACACAUUUGUUGCCGAAAGUCGGGAGUGUGUUGCUAUGGAAACAGAAAGACGUUCCGGUAUUUUGAAAACAUUGCCAAAAUAUGGUAAAUAUUGAACAUACCGUAUUUUUUGGAGUAUAAGUCGCUCCGGCCGAAAAUGCAUAAUAAAGAAGGAAAAAAACAUUUAUAAGUCGCACUGGAGUAUAAGUCGCAUUUUUUGGGGAAAUUUAUUUGAUAAAACCCAACACCAAGAAUAGACAUUUGAAAGGCAAUUUAAAAUAAAUAAAGAAUAGUGAACAACAGGCUGAAUAAGUGUACGUUAUAUGAGGCAUAAAUAACCAACUGAGAACGUGCCUGGUAUGUUAACGUAACAUAUUAUGGUAAGAGUCAUUCAAAUAACUAUAACAUAUAGAACAUGCUGUACGUUUACCAAACAAUCUGUCACUCCUAAUCGCUAAAUCCCAUGAAAUCUUAUACGUCUAGUCUCUUAUGUGAAUGAGCUAAAUAAUAUUAUUUGAUAUUUUACGGUAAUGUGUUAAUAAUUUCACACAUAAGUCGCUCCUGAGUAUAAGUCGCACCCCCGGCCAAAUUAUGAAAAAAACUGCGACUUAUAGUCCGAAAAAUACGGUAUUACAUAUUGGUAUGAACACGUCUGUUACUACAUUAUAUAUACUUGCUCUGUGUAUAUAAAACGUUGAUGGAGAGUUUUGAAGGUGACUCACAUUAGCCACAUCUUGCAAGCAUUUAAAAAAAAAAAAAUCAAAUUUCUAAUCUUAAUGUUCAAUCUCGUGCAGUUCCCCUUUUAAGAUGAUUAUCAGAAAUUGUCCAAGCAUAAGCCAUCAUCACCCAAUUACAGCUAGUUUGAUCUUUGCAGCACUAUUGUUGCACCAAAGCUAAACAAGCCGAUGCCUUGUAGUGUCCUUUAAAUGUAAAUGUGAGACUAAUAAGCAGCUGAGCAAAAAUAUCUUAAUAACUGAAAGUCAUCAGAACUUCCUUGUUUGGGUAUUUCUUUUUCAAGUAUUUUUUUGUGUGCAUGAAGAGUGGAAAUGUUUAUUAUAAUACUUAUCAUUUAACAAUGUGCUAGUAGAAAACACACAGUAUUGCCACUGUGCUAGUUUGUGGUUUUGACAUACUUGAUGGGGAGGCUUGGUGUUUGGGUUUAUAACGGCUACUAUUUGUCAAUUACCAGUCAUUUGUCUAUAAACACCAUGUUAGCCUUUGUAGGACUUAGAUACAUAGCUGCUCCUUUCAAGUUAGUGUUACAAUUGAACCCAUAAGAACCCCAUGCAUGUCCUCAAAUGGUUCGUGUACAGCUUUGUUCUUGACUUGAACUCCUGAAGAACCUAAGAGACCCAUAGGAACCACUUUGGAGUGGUUGUCAUGUGACUAUCCCAGGAUAUGGCUUACCCAAAAUGGCAGUGUUGUCAGGUCAUUUCCAAAUGGUGUUUUUCCACCAUGAAAGGUGAUUUUAAAGCAUUUAUAAUACUUUAAUAGGGUGUCAACUAUUACAAUUCAAUCUCUUCAAUUCAUUUAAUACAAAAACAAGCGAGGAAAAUAUCCCUAUUUGGCUUUUGGCCUUAAAAUUGCUAUGGAAAGCCUGAAGUGACAAUUGCAAAAAUGAGAAGACAAUUUGUUCAUUUUAAACUAUAUUUGCAGUAUUAAGCAUACAAAGUGUCAAGUUGAGUUGUUUUGAAAUGACAUUUACCAUAAACAAUAAUUAUGUAUUAUUAGGGACCGCAAUGUCCCUUUGGGACAGAGGACCUUAUUGUAUUUGUAAGGUUUUAUUAUUAUUAUUCCGCCGCCUCUGUGAGCUGUUAUUUGACCCCCUUAACAUGCUUCAAAACUCACCAUAUUUGACACACACAUCAGGACUGGCGAAAAUUGCCAUCUAAUAAAAAACCAAACCCCAAAACUCAAAAUUGCGCUCUAGCGCCCCCUCGGAAAAAACACAGACAAAACUGCUUGUAACUUCCGGUAGGAAUGUUGUAGAGACAUGAAACAAAAACCUCUAUGCAGGUCUGACUUAGACCUAGAUUUCAUACAUUGACUUCUUUCAGCAAAAAUCAACAGGAAGUUGGCAAUUCCCCCUUCAAAACAAAAGUGUAGUAAAAACAGUCACUUUUGCCUCUUUGAGCUGUAAUUUGACCCCCUUAACAUGCUUCAAAACUCACCAAACUGGACACACACAUCAGGACUGGCAAAAAUUGCGAUCUAAUAAAAAAACCCAACCCCAAAACUCAAAAUUGCGCUCUAGCGCCCCCUAGGAAGAAAACACAGACAGAACUGCUCCUAGGAAGAAAACUCAGACACAACUGCCUGUAACUUCCAGUAGGAAUGUCAUAGAGACAUGAAACAAAAACCUCUAUGUGGGUCUCACUUAGACCUACAUUUCAUACAUUGACAACCCCCAGCAAAAAUCAACAGGAAGUUUGCAAUCCCCCUUCAAAACAAAAGUUGUUAUUAUUAUUAUACCGCCGCCUCUUUGAGCUGUAAUUUGACCCCCUUAACAUGCUUUAAAACUCACCAUAUUUGACACACACAUCAGGACUGGCAAAAAUUGCGAUGUAAUAAAAAACCUAGCCCCAAAACUCAAAAAUGCGCUCUAGCAUCCCCGAGGAAGAAAACAACAACUUCCAGUAGGAAUGUCGUAGAGACAUGAAACAAAAACCUCUAUGUAGGUCUCACUUAGACUUACAUUUCAUAUAUUGGCAACCCCCAGCAAAAAUCUACAGGAAGUUUGCAAUGCCCCCUUCAAAACAAAAGUAUUGUAAAAACCGGUCACCUUUUUUCAAAAAUUAUCUCCUCUGAGCGCGUUUGUCGUAUCGGCUUCAAACUAGCACAGGAGAGAGAUUGAACCCUUCUGAUUAAAAGUUGACGAAAGAGUUUUAAUUACUGCUCCGGUUUGGAUUUUAUGUGCCGUCAAAGUCGGUCCUGUCCAUCGCUGCUUGCAGCUUUAAUUAUAACUUAUUAUCUUUGACCUUUAAUUAGUAGGAUUAAAAACUUCAGAAAUGUAUAAUCGGACAUGGUUCAGGGUUCUUAUGGGUUAAUAUUUCCAAAUACAGCACUUCCAUAUUUUCUUAUUUAUCAGAAGCAGUGAUGACUUUACUGUACAUUUCCAAGAGUCAUCAGAAGAUAUAUGUACUACAGUUGAAAGCAAAAAAAACAAAAACAUUUGUAUGAUACUCCAAUGCAUGUUGUUUUGAUACAUGGAACUAUUUUAACUUCAAAUGACAGGUCAAGAAUUUUUGUGGAAUAUUUGCAAUAACAUGAAAUGUUUUACCUCCGAAUGAGGGCUCUGGUGUGGGUGUGUAACAAUGAAUGUGGGAAACUGCAGCCUGUAAAACGUGUGGAUCUCCUCAACUGGUCCACACCUUCGAGUUCUUUAAAGCAGGUAUAUUCAACUAGCACAUAGAGAGGAUCUUUGACCAGCGUUUGUUUUCCUUCCAUUCACACACUAGGGCCAAUUUAGUGUUGCCAAUCAACCUAUCACUUGUGAUUAUAUUCCCUUGAGAUCAAUAAAUGAUCUGUUUACUGAUCUGUCCAGGUAUGGCAGGUCCUUGGCAGGAUAUAAUGUACAAGAAAAGAUUGAGUUGAGUAACCCUGCUUUAAAGAGAUGGGCUGAUGACAUAUGCAGACCCAAGCACUUGAGAUAGUUUGUGUCUCUAACAGUGGACUUGACAUUUGUACAGCUGAGAAUUGAAGCCAUGGGCAUAAUUGUCUCCUUGCAUCCAGUAUUUGGUUUCUAGGUGAGUUCAGUAUUGGAGAUCUCCCGAUCCUGCAUCUCGGACUUCCAAUAUGUGGACAUUUUCAAUGAUCUCAUGAGGGCUAUGAACUUUUCCUUAUUCUUCAACGUGUUGGUUUUUUCUGCUUUGCAUAUCUCUUAUCAUGUGGAAAAAAUAAUGGAAAAAACAAAAUCAUGACAACAUUGCGCCUUUUCAUUUGUUUUUUGAAAACAUUAAACUUGAAUAAUGACAUAUA